AUGCUCGACCUUUCUCUUCCCUCACUCUUCUCCCACACAAGAAUUCCAUCCAGCAAUUCCAUUUCUGUCUUCGUCACAACAGCUUUCAGACUUGACUUCAUAUACAACAAGCUUCUAUCCAUCACCACUCUUCUCUACAUCACCAGAAGCUUCACAUACAACAAGCUUCCACCCAUCACCACUCUCCUCUACAUCAUCAGUAGCUUCAUCUCGCAGCUCUCCAGUUCCCUGACUCCCUUUGUCGGCGAUUACCAGGCCGCUUACACCGGCUACGCCGCUUCCCAGUACAAUCCCAUGUACUUCACCGGCAUGGAUCCCAUGCAUGCUUCUGGUAGCUUUGCUGGUUACCCUGUCGCCCACACCUACGCCCCCACCAAUGCUCACUCCGCUUAUUUCCAGCCAGUCCAACCAACCAUCGAGGACUCUAUUGCGGCAAUGCUUGCUGAGAUGAGCCCUAAGCGCCGUGAGGUUGCUCUUAAGAUCAAGGAAAACUUUCCCGACGUCGACACCGAGUCGUUCUACAAGUUUCUGAUCAAGCCCGAAGAGGACAACAACGCUGAACGAAAGGCCUACGUCCUUCUCCUUCGCACUUUCAAGAUCCCCUAUGGCUACAUACGGGACCUUGGAGAUAUGGACUGUGCUGAGUCCACCCUGCGAGGAAUAAAGCGGAAUGCCACUGUGCCCGCGGAGCAGCGACCUCGCUGCACAGAUGAGGAGUGGACUCCUCGCCAAGUUUUCACAAUGCUCGUCUGUGUGAGCGAGAUCCAGGCCCAGCGUGGCUUGACUCCUGGCACUGACCACAACAUCCCGUGGGCGCAGGUGGCCGAUAUGAUGGCGCGAUCCCUUGGGGAAGGGGCUUUCAAGUUCUCGCCCAUGGCUGUUCACCGUCGCUACAAGUUGGAGGACCGUUUUAAUGGCGACGAUUCUGACGAUGACAACUCUGAGUAG